UUAAAUUUCCAUGGCCGGUGAUCGGUUGGGCGCUAGAUUGCGGAAUUGUUAAAACCUCAUUCUCAGUGACUAAUAAUAAAUUCGUGUUAUAACAGAUUUUUGGUGUCCCGUGUACGAUAUAAUUUGCAAAUGUAAUAAAUUUCGCCAAAUCAUAUUUCAGUAGAUAAGGUUAAAAUUGCAUUUGAAUGUCGGUUUCAGUUGGUAAAAGCGAGUGGAAUCGUAGAUAGAGUGGAAAAAACUAAGCGGAGAUUUUUAAAUUCAGAUAUUUGAACAGUUUUAUAGUACGUUUACAGUUAAUGGUUUCGCAUUGCAUAUACGUCAAAUAAAUGAUCAAAAAAAGGAGGCUAAGGCGAUAAAAAGUCCAAAUAUAAGACCUCUACACUACCUCAUUAACGGGAAAACAACAACAGCAACCACAUACCCGUAAAUAUGCCAAAUAUACGUCCCCUACCAGAGGCAUUGCAAAAAAUUGCCUGCGAGGAACUCAAUGAAAUACCUGAAAGAAUUGACGAGGAUUUACAAGAUUUUCGUGAAUGGAUUGGGCGCCAGCGUCAUUUGAGGGCACGAACCGAUGAUCAAUUUCUCACAAGCUUUCUUCGCGGCUGUAAAUAUAGUUUAGAAAAGGCCAAAAGUAAACUGGAUAAAUAUUAUACGUUGAGGACGAAAUAUCCCGAAUUUUAUACCAUACAAAAUAUAGAUGACCCGAGGGUUGUAGAGCUCUAUAAAAUGGGCAUCGGCUUACAUUUACCCACACCUUUGCAUGAGACGGGACCCCGCAUACAAUAUGUCCGCCCGGGUAAUUAUCCCACCGAUAAAUAUACCUUUAGCGAUGUCAUGGCCAUUGCCAAUGCCUUCCAAGAGUUGAAUAUGCUUUUUGAUGAUUAUUGCGUGAUAAAUGGUUAUGUCCAAAUUUUGGAUAUGUCCAGCUAUACGGCAUCGCAUAUUUUGCAAUUAACACCAAAUGUGGUGCGAAAAAUUACCACCUUUGCCGAGGAUGCCUUACCUUUGCGCCAGCGAGCUGUACACAUCGUGAAUACCUCACCAGCUUUUGAUAGACUACUGAACAUGAUCAGAGCCUUAAUGCCACUGAAACAACAACAAAGGCUCUUUAUCCAUGGCAGCAACUGGCAAUCUCUCUACGAGCAUAUACCGCAAAAAUAUCUACCACAGGAGUUGGGUGGUGAAAAUAGUUCCUUUGACGAGAUCAAUAAGUUACAGUGGCAAGUCUUUCAGGAAUAUCGCGAAUAUUUCGUGAAAAUGAAAGUCUGCGAGAAAACAAAUCUACUGACUACUCGCAAAUAUUUGGCAUAGAAGGAUCAUUUCGAAAAUUAAUGGUGGAUUAAUUAGCAUUGAAUUUGAGUAUAUUAAGCAAUAUGGUUGUGAUUAGUUGAUAAGUAUUAAAUUAUUGUAAAAUAUAAAUCCAUAAUCAAA